AUGUUCUCUGCGGCCGACGGGGCCGACGACGGCGGCCACGACCACCCGGAGCUGAAGAGCUUCGGCGGGGUCCCCUCGCGGGGCGCCGAGCGCGAGGAUGCCGCCGAGCGGAUGCGGAGGGCUCGGCUCGAGAUGCUCGGCGUCCGGCAGCGGCCGCACCCUUUAGGGACGCCGCGGAGUGGGCUCGGGGGCGGGAGGGCGACGGGGCGGUCUUCCCCUACGAACCGCACGCCGCCGCCCAGCGGCGGCCUCUAGCUCUCCGUCUCGGCGGGUGACUCUCUCCCUCGCAGGCACGGAUGGGGGCCGCUCCAGGGGAUGAUGGGUGAUUUCAUUGGUGAUGAUUGGGCGGCGGGCAUGCGGCGGACGGGUCGAUCGCGGUUCAUGGCCGUUUGCCCUGGAUGUGGUAUCCGGGUCAACGGCGCGCAUGCGUGCCAGCACCGGCGAGUGGUGCGACUAGCUAUUGGCGGCUCGGCCGCGUUCGGUGGCAGAGGAAUGCGGGGCUCGUUAGUGCGGCCUGCGCCAUUCUCGGGCGGCGCGCAGUUGCUCUGCACGCCGGCCUGCCGCCGGCACCGUUCCUUGGGUUAGGGGCUAGGACACUAGGCAGAGGCAUGGGGGCCGGGGCGGGCCGGGGGGCGCCCCCUGUGCCGGCUUGCUGUCGGUGCACGGGACGUCGAGGCACGGGAGCCUCGGGACUCACUGCCCCCGGUGUGUAUCAUAGUUGUACCAUAGUCACGCUCGCUUGCGCAGCGCUCCGUGGUCUCCUUACGCGCCGAUCUGACAUCACCUGUCACACUUGUCCUUAGAGCGGCGCCGGAGUGAGUGAGUGGGCGCACAUAGAGCCGUAUCGUACUGAGAGGGGCACGUGCUACGUGCUCAUGGUCAUGGACUGGCGCGCCGAGCUGAGUGUGUGAGCAGCAGGUGCAGCUGUGAGUACGUCCGAUGGUUGCUCUCGUCCGGUGUGAGUUGGGCUGCAUUUGGAGCACUUGGAGUGCAGUGUCAUUAGACAUUAGCGCC